UGAGACGCUGUAUUGACGUAUGAGAUCCUUCUACAGAGGGGCAAAAAAUACCCUACUUCUUGCUGCUAAAACCUUUUGCUCUUAUGCUCACAGCCGCACAGAACAGAAAGAGGAACUAACCAGAGAAAUCAAAUACACAGCAAUUUUACGUUAGUCAUCAAAGCUUAAGCUGAUACUAAAAUGGAACCAGAAGUGAGUAGAGAGUUAGAGAAGAAGAUCGCAAAAAGAGUGCGCAAGAUAUUGGAGCGAGAAAACCUGUACCAAAUGACUGAGAAAAAGGUUAGAGAAAUAGCAUCAAAAGAACUUGAGAUUAGUCUCGUUAAUGAGCCGUUCAAGGCGAUUGUUAGUCGUGCCGUUGAAGAUUUCUUGGUAAAACUCAGAAAUCAGACCCAAAAAACCAGUCUUCAGGUCCAAGAAGAGUUUAAGGCAAAGAGAAGAUCAAAGUAGAUCCUAGUCCUAGUGCAUUUGAGAUGUAAAUUUUUGUUGGAAAGAAACUUACCUGACUAUAGCUCAUCUCCUGCUGCAAGUCAGCAACCAGUAUGUUGUUGUCCGGUCUUCCUUGGACGACAUUUAGACAAAAAAAGGCAGAACCUUUGAGAUGAUACUCUGUGAAUGUGAACCAGGACUAAUUCUGGUAAUUUGUGCUGUUGAUCUCUUUCAGUAAAUUAGGAAGAGUGGCUAAUGAUGUUGUAGCAGUGUCAUUUCUCUUUUGUUUUUAUCUUUAAGAGUUGUCUAGCAUAGAAAAUUCCCACUUGAAACUGCCCUCCGCUUUCUUAGUUAGGUAUUGAUACAGUAAUUAUACAAAAGAAAUGCCGGUAAACAUCUUUAAUUUA